CCGGCCGGGCCCGCCGCAGGCCUGAGAGAGAGGCGGGAAGGAUGCCCUGCACACCCCGCCGCUGAGGGAGAGUCGGGGGCCCUGACCGCCGUGGCUGGCCAGCCCCACCCCAGACGCUCCUCGGUCCUUUGCCUCCAGCGGCACGGAGCUUCCUUCUUUCUCCUCCUUUCCCUGGUCUUCCUGGGCUGGGCACUAUCCGCUUUCUCUUAGUCCCCAGCCCGCUCCGCCUCCCAGGCCUCCUUGUUCAGGCCUUUCCUUCUCCGUGUCUUCUUACUCCGCCUGGGCCUUCGGGCUCUUCACCUUCCUUCCCCCCUUCCCUUCCCCUUCCCCGCCCGGAGCCAUGUCGUCCGCCGCUCGCUUCGAUUCGUCGGACCGCUCCAGCUGGUACGUGGGCCCAGUGUCUCGGGCGGAGGCGCAGACGCGGCUGCAGGGGCAGCGGCAUGGUAUGUUCCUGGUGCGGGACUCGUCCACCUGCCCAGGGGACUACGUGCUCUCGGUGUCCGAGAACUCCCGCGUCUCCCACUACAUCAUUAAUUCCUUGCCUAACCGCCGCUUUAAGAUCGGCGACCAGGAGUUUGAGCACCUGCCCGCCCUGUUGGAGUUCUACAAGAUCCACUACCUGGACACCACCACCCUCAUCGAGCCUGCGCCCAGGUAUCCAAGUCCACCAAUGGGAUCUGGAUCCGCCCCUGCUAUGUCCACUGCAGAGGAAAACGUGGAGUAUGUUCGGACUCUCUAUGACUUUCCUGGCAAUGACGCUGAGGAUCUUCCAUUUAAAAAGGGUGAAAUACUGGUAAUUGUAGAGAAGCCAGAAGAACAGUGGUGGAGUGCCAGAAACAAGGAUGGUCGGAUUGGGAUGAUUCCUGUUCCUUAUGUAGAAAAGCUAGUCAGAUCUCAUGGGAAGCAUGGAAACAGGAAUUCCAACAGUUACGGUGUUCCAGAACCUGCUCAUGCUUACGCUCAGCCUCAAACUGCCAGCCCCCUUCCCUCAGUAUCCAGCACACCUGGAGCAGUGAUCAAUCCUCUGCCUUCAGCACAGAAUGGACCAGUCUAUGCCAAAGCUAUCCAGAAGAGAGUACCCUGUGCUUAUGACAAGACUGCUCUGGCGUUAGAGGUUGGAGAUGUUGUGAAGGUGACAAGGAUGAAUAUAAAUGGCCAGUGGGAAGGAGAAGUCAACGGUCGGAAAGGGCUCUUCCCGUUCACACAUGUCAAAAUAUUUGACCCUCAAAACCCAGAUGAGAACGAAUGAUUCCCUCUGCCCAAUUUACACUGCUGCUUCAUUUUCCUGGCUAUCAUUAGCAUUGUUUGAGGUGGGAUGAUGACUUAAUGGCACAUUGCUAGCAUUGCCCAUUUGCCAGCUUGCUGCAGUUUGACAGUUCUUUUAAUAUACAUUUGGAAUACAUACAACUGAAGUCACUGCCUGAUCUUCAUACCAUACUUGUGUCAUCCAGAAUUUAGUUUCACUUCUAAACUAUUGGGCCUUAAGCUGGAGAAGACUGAAACAGUGUAUAACAGUGAAGUAUGGGAAGAAAACCUUUCCUGUUGAGACUUCUAUGGACGUUUUCUGGCUUGCUCAGUAGGAAGAGCCCUAAUCUUAGAUCAAACAUGCAACUUGUGCAUUACUGUCCAAGAAAAAGCAACAACAAAAAUGCAAUUUUAGGACUGAAGAAGACUUAGUUUUAAGAGAACCUGUCCUGAGGUAGUACAUUUUAAAUGAUGGUCUCUUUAAAGGACGAUAAUGGAAGCUUAUGUAUUCUAAGCAGUUGUAGUAGAAGCUGCUUUUUCUGUAACUCUUUAAGCUUGUUGUUGACCUUCCUGAAACAGUGUGUGUUAAAUGCAAAUAGCCAUUGAUUGAGCUGCAUUGAAGCUGAGGCAUUUAUUUAUGAGGAAACUUAGGAGGGGGUGAUAUUUGUAUGUCAAAACCAGGUUACUUAACACAUUUCUGUUGAUUUUUUUGCAAGCACUAACUGUAGAAAGUGAGCUUUGAAGGGAAACACUUUGGCCUGGUCUACAUCCAGCUCUUCUGCAGUGCUGAAGUGUAGUUUUGCUAGUGUAUAGAAGUGCUUGUCACCAAGCUGUUACUUGGUAGACAGAUUGAACACAUUGCUGUGGUGUGGAGAGGUAGGAAAGGAGCAGAACAGAACUUCAUAAGUACCAAUAGAAUCCUGUUAUUUAAACAUACACCUUUUACAUCCAUUUCCUCUGUAGGCCCCCAUCUCUCUCCAAAGUUUCCCAGCUAUGCCAGCCCCAGCUUGCUGAAAGCUCCUUUUCAAACACAGUACCUUCAUUCUAGGGUGCCUCCAUGUUAUUGUGCUUCUUUUCCAGAGCUGCUUUCAUCUUUUUUUCCUCCUUUUUCCUUGCUUGCAUCCCAAGUCCUCUGCAUGCUGCCACCCUUUUUUUUUUUCUUUCUUUUUUUUUUUUUUUUUUAACCUGUCCAAAUGAGUUGGCUCUGGCUUAUGACUGGCCCAGAUCCCUUCCCAUCUCAGGAUGCUCUAGAAAGUGGUUAAUUGAAGUCAGCUGCCUGGGUUCCCCCACAGGAUAAAUUAAUGCUCAGGCUGGAGGAGGCCACAAAGGUGUCUAAUAUCUGUAGAGCUUCUUUCCCUUUCCUACAUAAGCUAUAUUGCUGUAAUUGUACUUACAGUGGGGAACUGUAUGGCUGCAGAUAAACGAGUCCAGCUCCUGCCCUGCAGGCUGAGUCCUGAGCCUGUGUGCAGGGUAUGAAAGCUCCCACGCAGCGGGAUCCCGUGCUGCUGCCUUCCGUACCUGUGUUUCAUAGGUGAACUGGAAUGCUCUUUUUACAAUAAUGGAAUGCUGAAUUAACAGAAUACCUGUCUGCAAGGACUACAGCUACAAAACCUCCUGCUUCAGACAGCCCACUUAAAGAAAAAUGGCAGUUGUAGCAAACCGAGAAGCGUCAGACACCCGCAGAAUCUUCACCAGGUCCUACGAGUGUCAAAUGCUACAAGUUGUUGUCUCGAGUUCCAGCAUGUUCUCUUGUUGAUUUGUGUUGUGUGAUCCCAAUAAAAGCACGUUGUUCUUAGCUUAUGUGAAAGUGCCAUGAGAUCCUUCAUGGAGGGCACUGAAGAAAUGCAAAAGUGGCUUUUGCAAGGAGACAUUAGAGUGCUGGCUUUCAAAGAAGCCUCUCCAUUUGUCUCUUAGCUAUUUUCUGUAGUAUUGAUCAAAUGGCUGACAGUCUAGAAUUCUGUUCUUGUAGAGCAUUUUACUACCAAAUUAACUGUGAAGUAGAGUAGCAUUGACUGAAGUGUUUGGUGCUGUAAGAGUAAUUCUUGACAAUAGGCAUUGACAUUUUGUCUUGCAAAGAAAAGCUAUGCAGCUCUCUUUAACUAAAGAAGGUCAUGCUUUUUUUUUUUCCUCCUGUGCCCCAGCUAUACCCUCAAGUUUACUGCAUAGAUUGUACUACUGAAAGUCAUCUUCUGAAUACAGAAAGUGCACUAAACUCAGUCUGCUGCAGAGAGUUCAGACCUGACCUAGUUACAGGCAGCUCUUCAGAAGACUGACUGUAGAAUUCUUCCUUUGCAUGGUAAAUGAAUACUGUGAGAUUUGAGAUCCUGAACAACACAGCUUUUAACCUGGAUUUAUGUUUUUUUCCUCACUGAAAUCAGUGUCUUGACUCAUCCCCCUCAUUCAGUAAGGUAUAAACUUGAAACAUAAGCGUUGGUUUAUGUUCAGCUAUGUUCUGAAACUGCAGAAAAGCAAAACCUUUUACCUUGAAAACUAUGCAAAACUUGUGUGUAGUGGCAUCUGAUGCAAAGAUAAGAAUUCUGACAUUUCUGUGAACCUGCUUGUAGGGCAUGGAUGAGCAGUGCUCCUCUGAAUAGCAGUGGUGUGUGGUUCAGGUAUGUUCAAUGUGGUUGAAAUGUAGCAUCCUGACCAGCCCAGGCUGAUUGUAACCUUGCUGCAAAACGUUGUCUUUGCUAUUUUACUAUGAGACAAGUAUUUUCCUAUAAAGACUGCCUUUGCUCAGUUUGUGUUUCUCUUUGAAGGACUCUGGGUUCUCAGUCUCUUGUUGCUUGCUUGCUCGUGUGCUGUGGUUGCUUUCUGAAGCCCCUUCAAGCCGAGUGCUCCCCCGUCGGUGUGAGUGCUGGGGCGUGUGAGAUGUGCUUACCAUUAAAGCUGUUCUUGCUGUUCAACCAGGAGCUGGUUUCAUUACCUGGUGCCACAACAGUUAGCUACCAUGACAGGCUUGCUGUUGGACUUCCUCCAGUUGUCUGCACAUGCAUACAGACAUCAAAGCCUCUGAUCAGUCUGAAAGGUGGAAUGAAAACCGCUCUGAUCCGUGUCCGUCACUGGAUAAGCGCUAAUUUAAUUCAGCAUUGUUUACAAAUUGGGAAAGACUAAACAAAAAGGGAAUAUCCUAUUUGGGUGGGGCUCUGAGGAGCCUGAGCUCUUU